AUAUUUCGGAAAAUCGCACCUCUUAAACCGUUGUCUGCGAGGAAACUUGAAGAGGAAGACGAGAUCUCCAAUGUUAAUCACGGUGUGUCAUCAUGUUACGAAGAACCACCGCCGGCUUCAAUACCUCAGCACCCGCCAGAGAACGAACUUAAUACUAAGCCGCGCAACCUCAAUGAAGAUAAACCCGUCCAUGAUUUCGAGACUUCAUCAGCCUAUGAGGCUGACGGUGAAGACUUUAGCUUAACCGACCACGAAAAUAAUCAUAUUCUCCAAUGUCUGACGUCACGACUAUUUUUGGCCUCUGAUGGCUAUGAGUUUCAACGCUUACAGCAACUGCGCAGCGACACGGUCUCGGAGAUAGUGUCGUAUGAGCCUGAAUUCGAUGCGCGCGAAAUGGUAUUUGAAAAAGUCAAAUACAAUAAGCACGUGCGCUAUUUCCGUCGCACUCCAUCCACUUUGAGUUUAGAUGAUGUUGAUGACAUCGCACAUAGCAAGAGCUCACCAAGCAUUGAUCCGUUGGCGGAUCCACUAAAACGAGCCGACAUUGGCGCAGCAGCGCAGCGCAGCUACGAGUACAAUGCCAGCGAUACUAAUCAACCACCAACCGUCCAUUAUAUUUCACAGUAUAUACCCGCAUAUGUGCCUAUGAAUGUAAUGAAUUUAGAAAUUAAGAAUCCUGGAAAUUUUGAGAGAGUUGUUAUUGCAGAGCAACGCGACCGCUUUGACAAAUUGAUGCCCGUUGUCAAAUGGGACAUUAAUGGCAAUUCGUUGGACGACGAUUUUUACAUUGAUGACAGUUGGAAUGAUGAUACUGACAUACAUUGGAAUAAUAGAAAAAGUGAAAAACGUGUUUCUCAAUUCAAGUUGGAUGCUGAGUCCCAAAAGUCCAGUUUUCGUUCCAGUUCCACGACACUGGAAACAUGGCUAGACGAGGAUUUGUUGGGCAGUUCGCUUAAUGAACGGCGCCAAUUUACGGCCAAUAUUUGCCGAUCUAAGGUUUAAGCUGUUUUGUAAGAGCUCAAAUGGCUGAUGUUGUGAAUUCAGUAUAUUAAUAAAAGUAUUUAAUAGUAUGUAUUUAAUUUUAUUCAAUAUUUAUUAUAUUUAAACGCAUAAACAAUGAUGUAUUCUUAAAGCUUGCAUAUAUUUACAUUAAAACUUUGUACCCAUACGUCUAAGCAUUAAAUUGUGUCUUAAAUUAAGCAAUAAGAAUUGUUAUUUGAAGUACAU